GGCAUUGUGGGAAAUAAAACACCGUUUGUCACAGAUGCUUUGAACAGAAAAGACCUGUUGAAAGUUUGUUUGACCAUCGACCAUUAAGAUGAAGAGUGUUUUCAUCCUGGAUGACAAAGCCUGGGCAGGUUCCAGCCUGCUCUACAAAUGGCAAAAAAGCCUUGGUAAUUAUAUUGCUGUUGCUGGACAAGACAACACAGUAAAAAUUUUUGAUCGACAUGGACACAAGUGGACUGAACUCAAUCUUCCUGGUCGCUGUGUGGGAAUGGACUGGGAUAAGAAUGGGGACAUUUUAGCAGUGAUAGCUGCUAAAUCCAGCUCCAUUUACCUAUGGGAUGCCAGUGUCGAUAAAAUAUCGCAGAUAGAAAGUGGCAUGAGAGAUCAGAUGUCCUUCAUCCUGUGGUCAAAGAUGAGCCAACUGCUGGCAGUUGGGACUGUCAAAGGAAAUCUGCUGAUCUACAAUCAGCAAACCUCACGCAAGAUCCCUGUGCUGGGUAAACAUACAAAGAAGAUCACUUGUGGGUGCUGGAGUACCCAGAAUCUACUGGCUUUGGGUAGUGAUGACAACACGCUGAGCAUCAGCAACCAUGAGGGGGACACGGUCAGACAGACGACACUGCGUGGUGAGCCUGCUGAGAUUUUCUUCUCUAUAAUGAAGACUGAUGAAAGGUCCUCAGUAGGAGAAAGCACUGUGAGUGUGUCUGUGGACAAAAAGAUACUGAUGCUCUUCAAUGUCAAUGACCCUGAAAAUCGGAUAGAAUUGACAUUUCAGCGUCACUAUGGAAACAUUGUGUCCUACCGCUGGUAUGGUGAUGGGUACAUCCUGAUUGGCUUCUCCCAUGGAUACUUUGUGGUUAUAUCCACUCACAUCAGGGAGAUUGGGCAGGAGCUCUAUCAGGCUCGCAACCAUAAGGAAAGUCUCAACAGUGUGGCCAUCUCUGCAGCAUUAAAUAAGGCAGCCUCGUGUGGGGACAACAGCAUAAAGAUCCAUGAGCUGUCUGAGCUCAAAGAUAUCAGCAAUGUAGUUCAACUAGAUGAUGAAACCAAAGGUCUGGACCAGCUGAGCUGGACAGAUGAUGGACAGCUGUUGGCAGUUUCCACACAGAGAGGGACGCUACAUGUCUUUCUGACCAAGCUUCCAAUUCUGGGAGGCAGCUUCGGUACUCGUCUGGCCUAUCUCACAUCUCUUUUGGAGGUCACAGUGUCCAACAAGGUCGAAGGGGAGAGUCCUGUGGCUAUACAAGUGGAAGUAGAACCUACUUUUAUUGCAAUGGGACCAUACCAUGUGGCUGUAGGCAUGAACAACAGGGCCUGGUUCUAUGCCUUGGUAGACGAAGAACCUGGUUUUAGGAAGCUGAAGGACAUAGAGUAUUUGGGGACGAUAGCCAGCAUGUGCCUUAACGCCGACUAUGCAGCAGCUCUCUUCGAGGGAAAAGUGCAGCUUCACAUGAUAGAAGGGAAGGACCAGGAGGAGAAAAAGCAGAUGAAAUUGUUUCCAGACGAUGAAUUCAAAGGAAAGAUCCUAUGCCAUGCCCUUACUACUGACUUCCUCUACUAUGGCACCGAUUCGGGUAAUGUGGUGUGUGUGUUUGUGGAAGACUGGGAAACUGUGAGCACCUACAGCCACUCGGUUGGUGUAAGGAAAGUGUUCCCUGACCUAAAUGGCACCCGGCUGGUUUUCACUGACGACAGGAACGGCGGCUUUCUGCUCUCUCCUGGAAAUGAAUCAGAAUCUUUCUUUGAGCUCCCAAACUUCUCUCCCACCAUCACUGGAGUGUUGUGGGACAACUGGCAUGCUGACAGAGGAGUGUUCGUUGCUUAUGAUGAUGACAAGGUCUACACCUAUGCCCUGCAUAAAACUACCAUAUAUGGCCCAAGGGUGGUGUUGGUUGGGAGCACCCCUCUCCUCUUUUCCCAGAAGCCUUUGCUCUUGCACAACGGAGAGCUGACGUGUCAGACAGCCAGUGGAAAGACCAGUGAAGUGUCUCUGAGCACACACUCUUUCCUAAAGCGCUUAGCUAACACACCAGCAGACUCACAGCCAGAUAUCCGGGAUCAGCUUGCCCAGGCUCUGAUGCUCAAGAGGUUCCAUGAAGCCUGGGAUCUGUGCAAGUCUGCUGGCAGUAACUCAGACUGGGCUGAGUUAGGGAAAGCCUGUCUGAUCCACAUGCAGGUUGAUCUUGCUAUCCAGGUGUACCGCAUGAGCGGGGAUGUGGGUAUGGUGCUGUCACUGAAGAGCAUCAAGGGUGUAGAGGACAAGAAUUUACUUGCAGGACAUUUGGCCAUGUUUCUUGGUGACUACAACUUGGCACAGGACCUUUAUAUGUCCUCAAGCUGCCCAAUCGCUGCCCUGGAGAUGAGGAGAAACCUAUUGAACUGGGACAGUGCUCUAAUGCUAGCAAAGAGGUUGGCAGAAGACCAGAUUCCCUUCAUAUCCAAGGAAUAUGCCGUCCAUCUUGAGUUUAUAGGAGACUAUGUGAAUGCACUUGCUCACUAUGAAAAAGGCCUGACCCAUGAUGCUAGAUUUGAGGAGCAUGACGAGGCGUGUAAAGCAGGUUUAGCCAGGAUGUCCAUCAGGAUGGGGGACAUCAGAAAAGGAGCUGCACAGGCAAUCCAGCACCCGAGUAGAGUCCUCAAGAAGGAAUGUGGAGUUAUACUGGAGAGCAUGAAGCAAUUCUCUGAAGCUGCUCAACUCUAUGAGAAAGGCCAGUAUUAUGACAAGGCUGCAUCUGUCUACAUCCGCUGUAAAAACUGGGCAAAGGUGGGAGAGCUGCUUCCACAUGUGUCCUCUCCUAAGAUCCACCUGCAGUACGCAAAGGCCAAGGAGGCAGACGGAAAAUAUAAGGAGGCUGCACAGGCAUAUGAGAGCGCAAAAGACUGGGACAACAUGAUCCGUGUGCUUCUGGACCACCUGAACAACCCAGAGGAUGCGGUCCGCAUCGUAAAAGAAACUCAGAGCAUUGAUGGAGCAAAGAUGGUUGCCAGGUUCUUUCUGCGGUUGAGUGACUACGCCUCAGCCAUCAACUUCCUGGUGCUAUCUCAGUGCAAUGAUGAGGCUUUCCAGCUAGCACAGCAGCACGGACAGAUGGAGGUCUACGCUGACAUCAUUGGUCCUGAGGCAACGCAGGAGGACUACCAGAGCAUCGCACUCUACUUUGAGGGGGAGAAAAAACACCUGCAGGCGGGCAAGUUCUUUCAGAAGUGUGGGCAGUACAGCAGAGCUCUAAAACAGUUCUUGAAGUGUCCCAACAUUGAGGACAACAUGGCUGUGGAGAUGGCUAUAGAGACGGUGGGCCAGGCAAAGGACAUUUCUCUGACCAAUCAGCUGAUAGAUUAUCUGAUGGGAGAGAGCGAUGGCAUGCCCAAGGAUGCAAAGUACCUAUUCCGUCUGUACAUGGCUCUGCAGCAGUACAGGGAGGCUGCACGCACCGCCAUCAUUAUCGCCAGAGAAGAGCAAAAUGCAGGGAAUUACCGUAAUGCCCAUGACGUGUUGUUUAGCAUGUACACGGAGCUGCAGGCCCAGAAGAUUAAAAUCCCUGCUGAGAUGGCAACAAACCUGAUGAUCCUCCACUCCUACCUGCUGGCAAAGAUCCAUGUAAAGAGGGUGGACCACCUGAAAGGAGCACGCAUGCUCAUUCGCGUCAGCAACAAUAUCAGCAAAUUUCCUGCACAUGUUGUUCCCAUACUGACAUCUACAGUGAUCGAAUGUCAUCGUGCUGGCCUGAAGAAUUCAGCCUUCAGCUUUGCCGCCAUGCUGAUGAGACCAGAGUAUCGAAACGAGAUUGACCCAAAGUACAGGAAGAAGAUCGAAGCUAUGGUUCGACGGCCAGAUACAUCAGAGCUGGAGGAGGAAACUACUCCCUGCCCUUUCUGUGGCUUCCAGCUACCGCAGAACGAGUUGUUGUGCAUCUCCUGCAAGAACAACCUGCCGUACUGCAUUGCAACGGGUCGUCAUAUGCUGAAAGAAGAUUGGUGUGUGUGUCCACACUGUGAAUUCCCUGCUCUCUACUCACAGUUCAUUCUGUUGCUGGAAACAGAGACGGUGUGUCCCAUGUGCUCUGAGACUCUGAGUGCCAAACAGCUGAAGAAGAUCUCUGAUUGUUCCAGCUACCUUGAAACUGAAGAAGUGGAUCAAUGAAGAAUAAAACCGUCUCAUGUAAAUAAAUGUACCAGUCAAAUGACAGAUUUCUUAUUGUGUAAAGAGCUUAAAUGUAUUUAGGAUACAACAUUUGCAGAUUUUAGUUUUGUAAUAUUUCAUAUAGUAGACUGAAUUUUAAAAGUUGUUUUAUAUGCAAACUACAAAGGGACAAUACAUCAAAUAAAGCCGUUUAUGUAGGUG